GGUGGGGGUCUGCUUUAUAAAAGUGUGGCCCACCGUUGGCCCARUUCUCACAGCUGAACCCCGAUGGAGAUGUUUGGGAUUUUGGUUGCUGUUGCCGUGCUGCUGGAGACCGUCUCUGCCGCCUCCCUGGGUGUGGUUUACACCGAGGGAGGGCUGGUGGAGGGUACCAACAUUCGCCUCGGAUACAAACAUCACAUGGACGUUUUUAAGGGCGUUCCCUUCGCCGCCAUGCCCAGAAGGUUUGAGAAGCCGACGCGUCACCCCGGCUGGGACGGUAUUCUGAAGGCCAAGGAGUACCAGAAACGAUGCCUUCAGCUCAACCUCCUCAUGAACGACGUCCGAGGUAGCGAGGACUGUCUCUACCUCAACAUCUGGGUCCCCCACGUUGGCGGCGUAGUGUCCAGCAAUCUGCCCGUCAUGGUCUGGAUCUAUGGAGGAGCCUUCCUGCUGGGAGGUUCGAUGGGAGCUAACUUCUUGGAUAACUAUUUGUACAGCGGGCAGGAAAUCGCCGACAGAGGGAAUGUUAUCGUGGUGACGUUGGGGUACCGAGUCGGAAGCCUGGGCUUCAUGAGCACCGGAGACUCUAAGAUGCCCGGAAACUACGGUCUGUGGGACCAGCACGCCGCCAUCGCCUGGGUGCACCGAAACAUCCGCUCGUUCGGAGGAAACCCCGAUAACAUCACCAUCUUUGGAGAGUCUGCGGGAGGAGCCAGUGUUAGUUUGCAGACCCUCUCCCCUCACAACAAAGGGCUUUUCAAGAGAGCCAUCUCCCAGAGUGGGGUGGCCACGUGCCCCUGGGCCAUCAACAAAACCCCCCGCAAGUUUGCCGAAGAGGUUGCUCUGAAAGUCAACUGCCCCACCGACGACAGCAUGGCCGACUGUCUGAAGAUGACCGAUCCCACCGUUCUGACCCUGGCGGGCACGCUCAACCUGUCCAGCUCCCCCGACAGCCCUCUGGUGUACAACCUGGUCCUGUCUCCUGUGAUUGAUGGAGACUUCCUGCCCGACGAGGUGCACAACCUGUACCACAACACCGCUGACAUCGACUACAUGGCUGGAGUCAACGACAUGGACGGACACAUCUUCACGGGCGCCGACGUCCCCUCGGUCAACUCUCAGCUGGUGGACACCCCCAUUGAAGAGGUUAAGAGGCUUUUGGGUUCCCUGACUAAAGAGAAGGGCACGCUCGGUUUGGACAACGCCUACUCCACUUAUACCUUAGACUGGGGAUCCAAGCCCAGCAGGGAGACCAUCAAGAAAACCGUCGUUGCCAUCGAGACCGACUACAUUUUCCUGAUUCCCACUCAGGCUGCCCUUUACCUUCACGCCUCCAAAGCCAGCACCGGACGCACCUACUCUUACCUGUUCACUGAACCCAAUCGUUUGGGGGGCAUCCUCUCGCCCUUCCCCGGCUGGUUGGGAGCCGACCACGCCGACGACCUGCAGUACGUGUUCGGAAAGCCUUUCACCACGCCGCUGGGCUACUGGCCACGCCAUCGGAGCGUCUCCGGUUACAUGAUCGCCUACUGGACCAACUUUGCCAAAACUGGAGACCCAAACAAAGGAGACCUGAAGGUGCCCGUGACUUGGCCYGCGUUCACGUCCAACGACCACAGGUUCUUGGAGAUCAACUCUAAGAUGGACAGCAGUUACGUGGGACAGAAGCUGAGGCUGCGUUACGUGAACUUCUGGACCAGUGUCUUCCCCAACCUUCCUGUAGUCACCUCAGAAUAAAAACCAAUAGGAUUGGUUUAGAGAAUAAAUUAAAAAGUUGCAAAGCAUUUUUAA